UUAAAAUACAAAUAAAUAACUUGAAAUAUGAUACAAUGAUCGUGGCCCCUAUCCAGUGACAUUGAACGUUCGCAGUUAAAUAAUAAUAAUCAACAUAUAUUCCUAAAAGAUAAUAAAUAUUGAAAAAAAAUAUUGUAAUAACAUUUCAACUGAACUAGUUAAGUAAUUGUUUUGGUACCCUACAUGAUGAAAACCUAAGCUUAUUGUGCGGCCUUCGCAGUGUUUAUGGUGCAUAUCAGCACUCGUUUUAUCUGGUCUAAAAUAGGCUUAAAUGUUGCCUUUUCUUCAUAUCGUCGAGUUUUAUAGACCAUGAUUUAACAACAAAAUUUGAUGAGGUAGGUAGGUACUGUGGCAAUGGUACGGCAGUUUCGAUUGUGGUUACAAGAAGUUCGAGCCUCCUCACCAAAGUUGCGCGCGAUUUAUCAUGAAAAAAGUACGUUCUUAGUACCACAAGAACAAUAAAACUGGGAUCAGCUGUUUUUUACCGUUCCUUGACUGCAUCAGUCGGUCUUACUGACUCGUUCGUGUGAUGUGGUUUUCGUGUUUCUGUUGAGUUUUGUAAAUAAAAAUAACAAUAAUAAAAUGAGUAGUGACAUAAAAACUAAUGAGAGUGCCGGAGAGCCUCUUUUAUUAAUUAAUCAAGUGGAUAGUGCAAAAAACGACGAUGCUAAUCAAAUAAAUGAGAACCAAACAUUCAGGGAUAUUAAACCAUCUGAAAUUAUAAGAAACAAAAGUGUAGUCUUACUAGAUAGAAGACGAAAUGAGAAAGCAAUGGACAAAUUCAAACUGGUUCCACCUGACGGCGGAUGGGGUUGGUUGGUCCUUUUUGGAGCGACCAUGGUUAACAUUCUGGUUCCUGGUACAAUCAAGUCGUUCGGAGUACUGCUGGUAGAAUUUACUGAAGCCUUUGAAGCUACUCCUUCAGGAGGAAUGUGGAUUCCUGCGCUGUGUUAUUUUUUAUAUAGUUCCUUAGGUCCAGUCUCCAGUAUUUUUUCAGUAAAAUAUUCAUAUAGGACAGUAACAUUCCUUGGUGGCAUUUGCGCUGCAGGAGGCAUGAUGCUAAGUUUUUUUGCUACCUCCCUACCAUUUCUUUAUUUCACUUAUGGAAUUCUAGUUGGAUGUGGUGCAGGGCUUUCCUUCCCUCCCACCGUUUAUAUCGUUACCAGUUAUUUUGUAAAAUUGAGAGGAGUGGCAAAUGGAAUAUGUAUAUCUGGCUCAGCAUUCGGGUCAAUUCUAUUACCACCACUCUUACGAUUCCUUUUGGAAAACUAUGGCUACAGAGGAUCAUGUUUAAUCAUGGGUGGGAUAACACUAAAUGUGUUUGUUGCGGCCCUUUUCUAUGAGCCCGUGGAAAAGCAUUUUAAAAAAGAGAAAAAACAAGAUGACACUGUGGAAGAAGUUCCAGAGCCACCCCAAACUAAAUUUCUGUUUAACGAAGAUAGUAUGACUUCCUUAUCUCAAAUACCUCAUAACGACUCGUUUUUGGCACACCCCGAAUUAUCUGACGUUGGAUUUAAUAGAAGCGCCUCAAGUGCAGCAGUACAAAAUCUCAAAACUACCCACAGAGAACGAAAGAUCAGCAUGCCUACUGGAAAACACGAAGUACAAAAGUAUAAGCAGGGAUACGCAGGAUCGAAACAUAAUAUGAAUAGUAAUAUGGCUUUGCAUGCAGUGCCUGAAGGGCAGAAUGGAAACGGAGAUGCUGACUUUUCACAUGGACGGUUUCCCAGUACUAGAAGAAAUACAAGACCAGGUGUGCCAAAAAGAAGUACUUCGACUAGCUCUUUCCAAUAUGUAAGCACAGCGUACCAUGGAAGUACUUUAACGCUUCAGCCAGAAACAUUUGCAAGCUCCUUUAGUCUACGAUCCACAUCAAAAGGAAAAAUUACAGAAGCAGAAGCUCCUCAGAAAAUCAAGUUAUUUGACGUCACUUUACUGAAAGAUCCUCUAUACCUUAUAAUUUUAAUUUCAAACGCUACUAACGCCAUAAGUUAUACAAAUUUUAUUAUUCUUCUUCCUACCUAUGCGCAGCAUUUGGACUUUGAUAAAAAUAGCGGUGCGCUUCUUUUGUCAAUAGUCAGUGCUUUAGAUUUGGUAGGUCGGAUUGGAGGAUCAGCCUUAUCUGACAUAACAACCUUUCCAAAAUUCUAUUAUUUUGUCUGCGGACUUUUCAUCUCAGGUAUCUCAUUAGCUUUAAUGCCAUUUGCCCACAAUUAUUGGAUUAUAGCUGCGUUUAGUGCAGUUUUUGGUUUGGCAUCUGGAACUUACGUGGGCAUAACCGCUAUUGUAAUGGCAGAUAUGCUGGGCGAAGAACGUUUACAAUCAUCCUAUGGAAUCUCUUUAUUUGUCAAUGGAGUUCUACAAUUAGUUGGUCCUCCAUUGUGUGGAGUAUGGUUCGAAAAAACCCAGUCUUUUGUAUCACUUUUUUGUAGUUUAGGUAUAAUUUUAUCUGUUGGCUCUUCUCUAUGGGCAUUUGUUCCUUUUAUGAAGAAGAAGGCUAAAGUUGUCCAGAACGUCAGUUAAAAUACCUUACCAUAACUUUACUUAUAUAAUAUUAGAGCAAAGCAUUUUAUGUAAGAAGGACUCGAAAAAUAGAAUAUUCUUAUUCUCAUUCAAUAAGUAUUCAAUGAAAAUUUAAUUUUAAGAUUUCCAGUAGAUCUAUUUAUUGGUCAAGCUAUUUUAAAUAUAUGCUUUUUCAAAACUAAACAAUGCUCAAUAUUCAAAUAUAUAUCAUUUAUGUAAAUAUACACCUACCAAUAUACAGAGUGGGGACUUUAACUGGAACUAAUUCACCCCUUUUAAAGGAGGGCGCACUAUGGGCCAGAAACCCCUUAAAAUAUGGAAAAAGUGUUAAGUUAUGUUUUAUGAUUUUUUUUCGCAUAAAACGCUUAAAACAAACUAGUUUAUUAAUUUUUAAAAUGUAUUUGAAGCUUGUCUAAAGUUUGUUUAACGAUGUUAAACAGCGUGUGCGAAAAUAAUGGCACCAUAUGAAAAACUUUUUUAUUAUCGACUUAAGCAAAAAAAGCUAUCCUUCAUGAAAAGUUUUGCAUACCCUGGAAAGUCCAAAACUGUAGAAAUAUUACAGAUGUAAUGUACAGGGUCAUAAAAAAAUAGAAAAUUGGUUUAGGUACUAUUGUAAGAAUAAAGUACCCCUAAUUUAAAAGAUAUGCAAAAUGUAUUUAAAAAAAGUUGUUUAGAAUUCAAUUUUACGUCAAAAUAUAAAAUCAGAGUCUCCUACACAAAAAAUAAUUUUCUGUAUUUUUUCCUGUUCAAAUGGGUUCGGCAACGACUUUUUAUGCACCGUUUUAGAAAGAGGUUCGUAACUAGGCCACUGUUUAAAAUUUGUUUAUGAAAAUUUGACAACUUUGCAGGAACAUACAAACCUACCCACCUGCCAAAAAUAAUCAAAUCACAUCGAAAGUUAUUAGCGAUAAAAACUGUGGAACUUUAAUAUGUCCCACAUUGUAGGUAAAAUACUAGGCAAAUAGAAACGUCAAUAAAUCAACAAGUUGCAAAAAGUUGCACAAACUAUUUUUUUUAAUGAAAAGUCAUAAGGUCAAAGAAAAAAACUAGAUAUCAACAAAUAUGUAUCCAUGUGUAGAACAUUCAGUUAUUUUUGGUUAAAAUAACUAAAUAUGUAUUUAGUUGCAAACAUUUGCACCAAUAUGUAAUAAUUCAAAAUAUUCUCGCAUCACCAAAUGAAUGACAGAAAACUAUAAUGGCUUAAAAGAAUCAUUGACUUACCUGCUUGAAAGUUAUUCAUCACAAAAUAUUUUGUAAUUCGCGAACAACAAGUUUUGACCGGUUAUAACAUGCAACUUCUUGAUAAGAUUGAUUAAUAACUGCUAACAAUAACAAAUACGUCAAACUUUUGUACGCGUUUACGAGUCUCCAUGGCAACGCAUCAAUAAGAUUCGAUUGUUUUGGGAUGAUCCAUAGCCUACUUAACCAUAAUUAAAAAAAAAUGCGAAGAUAUUUGCAGUUUCAUAUUUUUGAAUAAUUCAAUAUUUCAAGGGGUUUCUGGCCCGCUGUGGGGCGCGUUUUUUUUUCAAUUAAAAAUUUUCCAUCACACCAAAUUAAGAAAUAAAUUGUACAGCUGAUUUUCUUGCAAAACUAGCUUUCCAAAAAGUUGCCACAAGUGGUAUCAUCUAAUUUUAAAAAAUCAAUUGGGGUAAGAUUUCACCCUUUAAAAUGGCUGAUUUUUUGUUAACGUGAUCUGCAAUCUCUAAGGGUAUUAUAUACAGUAGUACAGUAAACCCUAUUAUAUAUAAAGUAUUAUAUCUACAACCGUGAGGUAAUGGAGAUGAAUAUCCGAAAGAACUUAAAAUUAUAGGAAACAAAAUUGCGUCUCUGGCUGGCUGUCUUUCACGUUUGACAGUAGACGAGUAGAAUUUCGCUCGCGUCGUUCGGUCAACGUUACCGCACACUAUGAUGUGAAGUAACUUUACCGCACACUAUGCAGUCGACUUUACCGCACACUAUGCGAUAAAGUAGCUUUACCGCAUAGUGUGCGGUAAAGUGCUACUUUACACAUGCUAAUAAAUGCGGUUAAGUGCACUUUAUUGCACGCUCGUAGGUAAAAUUAUUAUAGAGCCACUGGAAAUAUUUGAACUCGCCUAGUAUUUUGAAAGCAGCAUCAGCUAAUGAUUUAUAGCAGUUAUUUGACCAAAAUGCUGUUAUUUCGAUCUGGCGUAAACUUAUUUGCAUACAGUUUAGAUAGAAAGUUAGGUAUAUAAACAUAAAACAAAUCAGUCUUUAUUUAGUUAUAUUUUAAGAAUUUAAAAGCAAUAUAACAAUAAACUUAUAUUGCUCGAGAGAGCUCAAGAGAACUCGAGAAAAAAUCGAUCUCUCGUCUUGUCAGCAUCACUAGUUAAAGUCCCCACCCUCUAAAUGGUAUAUGAGCUAAAAACUUUGCAGAUUGGCAGAGAGCAUUUAAUAUUGGUUACCUAGAUAUAGAUUAUAAUAAACUAAGAUGGAAUAGAAAUAGCGAAAAUAAUUUGCCAGUAAAAUUAGUUUUUUUUUUCGAAUAAUAGGUACCUAUAUUAUUUAUUAUACAUAAUUAAAAAUGUAACAUGGCUAUUGUUUAUCCCGUAUUACAUUUAUUUAUCGUAACUGCCAAUCAGAAUUUGAAGGAAGCAGAAUCACAAAUAAAUUUUGAUACAGGCACAGAGAGAAUUUUAAAUAAUAUUUUGUGUAUAAGUAUGUAUUUGACUGAAUAACCUAAUCACAUUUACAGCGCCACUUAAAAGGUCUCAAUUUUUUUUUCUUAAUCGGACUAGCUUAGGUAUUUCAUUAGGUGUACUUAUACUUUAAAUUACAUAGUCAAAAUUUUAUAAUUUUUAUUUAAGACAUUCUCACUAAUUAUUAUUCUUUUGCUUAAUAAAAACUAUACAGGGUGUAGGUACAAAGAAAGACACCCAGAGUCUCAUCUAUUUCGACUGCUGAAGGCUCGGCUUAAGGUAUACUUAUAUGGGUAAAUUUUUUCAAUUUUUUGUUUAGAGUAAGUCAUUUGUUUUUGAAUGUAUUUUUGCAACGCCAACUAUUGACAAAAAAAUGUACAUUUAUGUUUUAUAUAAUAAUUGAAGAAGUAAAUUAAGGUUAAUAGGUAGGUGAUACCUAAAUGGGUACUUAUCUAGAUGUAACUAUUUAUCAUUUAAAUAUGUAUACUUACAUACUCAAAUAUUGUUAUUUGAGAAUGUGAUAGGUUAAAUAACACAAAUAGGAAUAAAAAAAUAU